AUGGUUCGAAGCUUGAAGAAUCCAAAGAUGGCGAAACGCAAGAACAAGGGUUCGAAGAAAGGAGAAGGAUCGUCGUCAAAUUCGGGGCCCACGGUGGAGGCUAAGGUGUGGCAACCAGGUGUUGACAAGCUGGAAGAAGGGGAGGAGCUUCAGUGUGACCCUUCUGCUUACAAUUCCCUUCACGCUUUUCAUAUUGGGUGGCCUUGUUUGAGUUUUGAUAUAUUGCGAGAUUCAUCGGGAUUGGUGCGUACCGAGUUUCCACAUACAGUGUAUUGUGUUGCUGGAACACAAGCAGAGAAGUCUUCCUAUAAUUAUAUUGGAAUAUUUAAGUUAUUAAAUAUUUCUGGGAAGAGACGUGAACUGAUACCCAACAAGAUUGACAAAGAUGGCUCUGACAUGGAAAGUGACAGUAGUGAUAGUGAUGAGGAUGAUGGGGAAUAUGGUGGUGGAUUGAGCUCCCCAAUUUUGCAAGUAAACUUGUAA